UCGAUCGACGUCAGGUAAAUAAUGUUUUCAACUAGGGGGAAAAAGCAUCUCCCUCCAACCUAUAUAUAUGUACAGAACCUCAUAAUCGGAGUCCUUUGAAGGCAAACGUGCCUAGCGAACAGGCAGCUUUUUACACUUUCCUCCAAUAAUUCAAGGCCCUAAUUGAUUGCAGAGCAAUAAGCAAGAGUAGCAGUCCAAGACAGAAUGCCGAAGAACAAGGGUAAGGGAGGAAAGAACAGAAAGAGGGGAAAGAAUGAGGCUGAUGAUGAAAAGAGAGAGUUGGUCUUCAAGGAAGAUGGGCAAGAGUAUGCCCAAGUUCUUAGAAUGCUUGGCAAUGGCCGAUGUGAGGCCCUUUGCAUUGAUGGGACCAAACGUCUCUGUCAUAUCCGUGGCAAGAUGCAUAAGAAGGUAUGGAUUGCUGCUGGGGACAUCAUACUAGUUGGGCUCAGAGAUUACCAGGAUGACAAGGCUGAUGUUAUCCUGAAAUACAUGCCUGAUGAGGCUAGGCUUCUCAAGGCCUAUGGUGAACUUCCAGAUAAUGUCAGGCUCAAUGAAGGCAUUGCUGGUAUGGACGAAGAUGAUGAAGGUGCUGGUGAUGACUACAUUGAAUUUGAAGAUGAAGACAUAGAUAAAAUCUGAUCCAUCUUUCUCCACUACUGUAAUACGUUAGUGAUAUUUCUGUAGUAUAACAGUUUUCAGGAUGCGUGUUUUAGAUUCUAUCAAAAGGAGUAGGGUUUAUCAUGUAUUUAUGACAACUGAGCAAAUUGAGUAUUGCAUCUUUUUUCCUGUCCCUGCCAGUUAUAUGCUCCAUUGAAUUUGAAGAUUAUCGUUAUGUUAAUUUAUUCUCUCGAACUCAUCCAUAUAUAUUUUACAUGGGAUCACAAUAUAUUCCAGGUUUUAAACUU